AUGGGCGAGCCGCGGUACAUGGUCGCGCCCAUGGUCGACGCCAGCGAGCUCCCGUUCCGCCAGCUGUGCCGCAAGCACGGCGCGACGGCCGCCUACUCGCCCAUGUUCCACGCGCGCCUUUUCGCCGAGAGCGCUCCCUACCGCGCGGAGCAGUUCAGCACGUGCGAGGCGGACCGGCCGCUGUUCGUGCAGUUCUGCGCGAACGACCCGCCCACGCUGGUGCGCGCCGCGAAGCUCGUGGAGGGCCAGUGCGACGCGGUGGACCUCAACCUGGGCUGUCCGCAGCGCAUCGCGAAGCGCGGGCGGUACGGGGCGUUUUUGAUGGAGGACAUCGACCUGGUCGAGAGCCUCGUGCGCGCGCUGCACAAGGAGAUCAGCACGCCCGUGACCGUCAAGAUUCGGUGUUUCCCGGACGUGCGCGAGACCAUCAAGUACGCCCGCCGCCUCGAGAAGGCCGGCGCGUACCUCGUCGCCGUCCACGGCCGCACGCGCGAACAGAAACGCGCCGCCGAGGUCGCGGCGGACUGGGAGCAGAUUCGCGCCGUCAAGGCCGCGCUCAGCGUCCCCGUGGGCGCCAACGGCAACGUCCGGUGCGUCGAGGACGCCGACCGGCUGAUGAAGUUCACGGGCGCGGACUCGUGCAUGUCGGCCGAGAGCCUGCUGCGCAACCCGGCGAUGUUUGGCCAGCGGCGGGAGGGGGGAGUCGUGGCAGCCGCCGGC